AUGGCAGACGACGAACAAGCUGCAGCACCUGCGGAAGAGGGGCAGCCAGAAGAGGCACCACCUGAAGAACCAGCCCCAGAAGAGGCACCACCUGAAGAGCCAGCCCCAGAAGAGGCACCACCUGAAGAACCGGCCCCAGAAGAGGCACCACCUGAAGCACCACCAGAGGAGGCACCACCUGAAGAACCAGCUCCACAAGAGGCACCACCUGAAGCGCCACCGGAGGAGGCACCAGCUGAAGAACCAGCCCCUGAAGAGGCACCUGAAGCAGCCCCAGAAGAGGCACCACCUGAAGCGGCCCCAGAAGAGGCACCACCUGAAGCGGCCCCAGAAGAGGCACCACCUGAAGCGGCCCCAGAAGAGGCACCACCUGAAGCGGCCCCAGGGGAAGCACCACCUGAAGCGGCCCCAGAAGAGGCACCACCUGAAGCAGCCCCAGAAGAGGCACCACCUGAAGCAGCCCCAGAAGAGGCACCACCUGAAGCAGCCCCAGAAGAGGCACCACCUAAAGCAGCCCCAGAAGAGGCACCACCUGAAGCAGCCCCAGAAGAGGCACCACUUGAAGCAGCCCCAGAAGAGGCACCACCUGCAGAAGCCAAGAAAGAAGAAGCACCUGAGGAAGCCAAGAAAGAAGAAGCACCUGUGGAAACCAAGAAAGAAGAAGCACCUGCGGAAGCCAAGAAAGAAGAAGCACCUGAGGAAGCCAAGAAAGAAGAAGCACCUGCCGAGGCUGCCAAGAAGGAGGGAGAGAGCUGUGAAGUCCCUUCUGGGGAAGAGAAAAAAGCAGACGAAACUUGUGAAAAACCAAAGUCCCAAGAGGAGAAGGAGAAAGAGGAAAAGGAAAAGGAAGAGAAAGAAAAGGCCAAGAAAGCUGCAGACUCAUGUGAGAAACCAAAGUCCCAAGAGGAGAAAGAAAAGGCGAAGAAAGCCGAAUGUGAGAAACUAAAAUCCGAGAAAGCUAAAGAAGAGCGGCCAAAACCGGCAGAGAGUGCUUGCACCAAACCAAGGCCAGAGGAGAAAGCGAAACCAGUAGAAUCUUGUGAGAAAUCAAAAGAGGAAGAGAAGAUUUGUACGUGCCGAGACUCGAAGCCGGCAGAUGCAGGCUGCAAGUGGAAAGAACCGAAGGAAAGCUCAGCCAGUUCCAAUCAGUGCUCGAAAGCUAAUGAAUCGUUCUGUAGCUGUGGAAAUCCGAAGGCUCCCGGAGCCAUGACCUGUGCAGCAGCACAACCGGCAGCCUGCAGCUGUGGAAACCAACACUCCAGAUCUUCAUCCUGUGGACACUCUUACCAUUAGGCAGCAGGAAGGUCCAACAUUGAAUGGAUUCAGGAACAGUCCGCGCAACACUUGUUUUUAGGGAAUGGCUGUGAAGUGGACAGUAACAGCCAAUUUGGCAGCAUUACUCAGCAAUGAGCUUUUAAGUGAUGACAAAUUGGUGCAAUGACAGAAAAGUGGCAGAAUGUAACACUGGUGCAAAGUUGGCUUUGCUUGAGCAGAGAACAGGAGGAUGACCUACUUCCCAAAACCUUGACGAAUAGAAACAAGUUCUCUACAGAACUGCAUCCCCCAACCACCACUCUCCCUUUUAAAGUCAAUGAUGUUACACGGAUGAAUGGCAGAGCAAGGGAGGUUAGAAUAUCUUCAAAAGGAAUCUGUUAAGAUAACAAGGUAACAAAUAACACAGUAGCCCAAUUGUCAAUCUCAGCCGCUAGAUAUAUCUCCUUAUACCAGAUUCUAGUUCCCGACUUGAACCCCCAUGGUCUCACGCCUUGUCGAUCACAGGAAUCUACCCCUGACUUUGCAACAAAAAGAACGCACCCAGGACCCUUUUUAUUUGCGUAACCUCAAAGUUAACCUGUCCCACACUUGGGUGCAGUUCCAGAGUAUCAAAGCACAAAAACAAUGUUCUAAGAUAAAGCGGUAUUGAAGAAGAAAAGAGAUAUCAAGUGUGUUGUUAAAUAAUCAGCUAUUCCCCCCAACCCCCAAGGAUUUGUCAUUUACUGUUGUAUCUCAUAGGCAUUCCCUUCUCAUCUGUCAUGCAUUUGGAUUUAUGAAAACCCCUCCAUUGCAAUGUCAGAAACAUAGCACCAAGGAUUCAUGGUAAUGAGAAACAGAGCAUUUAGACACAAAGCAAUAACGGGUCAGAAGUCGGUUCAGCCAUUUAUCUAGCCACACUGUGGCUAAUAUAUAUACCAAUUCCAUCCAGCUAUCUUAGCUUCAUAGCCUUUAAAUGCCCUUUCUUAUCGUCUUCUGCCAAAUUGCCAUUAUUCCAACAUCCAACGAAUUAUCUGCCACUCCUUUACUUGCCCCUAAAUUUUAUCUCACAGCAGCGGCCACUGCAGGGUGAGGUCGUUAAGGUGUGUCAAGGUCAUAUUGAGGGCAGUUAGAUGCAAAGUAAAACUGCCUUCCACCCUGUAGAAAACAAACCAGCUGUAUGAAGGAUGAAGACAAAGAACCUUGCCCAACCCAUCUGAUUGCCUCCUUACGCAUUAUAAACCAAACCAUCUUCCACUCAUGGCAUCCAGCCACUUCUUAAAUCAGCCCUCAACCUCAAGAAAACUCAUCUUGGAAGAACUAGCCCUUAGUGCAGCAAUGACCCUGUUCUGUCCUUGGUGGCUGAUACAGUUGUGGACAUAUCUCCUUGCGGUAACACGAGAGACACCUCUUAGAACACAAACAACUUCAGCAUCAGUAGAAUCUGCUCUGAAGUCCCUUCUUGUAUGAGACUUCUUCCCAUUCUUGGUUUCACAGUUUGGAGACAUCAUGUACAAGAACAAGACCAUCACUGUGAACCAUGAAUAUGACAGAAAAUGUGCAACUGUUAGUCCUAGUGGAUGACAAUACCGACCUCACGGGAAGCGAU